CAAAUGCUGGUCCUGCUGCUGGUAGUGCGACAACCUCAGUCACUAUGGUUGCUUCUGCUGCUGCAACUACUCCUGCUGCUGCUCCUGCUACUGCUGCUGCUCCUGCUGCUGCAUCUGCUACCGCAGCUGCUUUGACUGCUACUCCUGCCCCUGCCGCUGCUGCUGGUGCUGCUGCUGCAGCAGCAGCCUUCUGUGCUGCUUCCUCUUCUGCUGGUAGUUCGGCAAUCACAGUCACAGUGGCUGCUGCUGCUGCUCCUGGUAUUGCUGCCACCACUCCUGCUUCUGCUGCUGCAGUGGCUGCUCCUGCUGGCACAACUUGUUUUGCUCCAAAGCCUGCUGCUGAAACACCUCCCACCACUUCUGCCACUGUGUCGGCCCCCUCAAUGUCUGUUCUAAUCGCUGUGGCUUUUGCCACAGCUGCAGCUGCUGCUGCCGCAUCGCCUGAAUUGUCGAAGGAUGGAAUCACAGUUGCUACAGCUGCACCUGUAGCCGCUACAACUGCACCUGUAGCAGCUGCAGCCGAAUCUCCUGAAUUGUCAGAGGCUGGGAUCACAGCUGCUAAGGUUGAUGCGGUUGAAAUCACCCUCAGUAAGAUUUUGAACGAAAGGUUUCUGACACACCUGCUGUUGCUACAGCCGCUGGGGGUGUGCCUGCAGCUGCUACAGCCAGUGAGGAUGUGCCUAUAGCUGCUUCAGCUGAUGGGGAUGUGGCUGUAGCUGCUACGGCUGAUGGAACAAGAGAUGUGACAGCAGCGACUGAUGAUGGGUCAAGGGAUGCUGCUCCUGAUGGGGAUGUGCCUGUAACUUCCAUAGAUUCUAAGGAUGUGGCUGCAGCUGCAAGACUCGAUGGUGCUACGGGUGAGUGACGGUGCUACAGAUGACGGGGGAAAGAGGCACUUCACCUGGGCAUGUGGGCCCCACAGAACACGGGCCACAGGAUGACAUGGCUGUAGAUGGAGGCCGAGAGGGCGCUGCAGGCGAUGGUGAUGGCGAUGGUGCUACGGAUUAUGGGACAAAGGAUGCUACAGUCGCCACAGAUGAUGGGACAAAGGAUGCUACAGCCGCUACUGAUGAUGGGAGAAGAGACACUGCGCCUGGGCAUGUUGGCCGUGCAGGACACGCGGCACAGGAUGCCAUGGCUGUUGACGGAGGUGGAGAGGGCGCUACAGACGAUGCUGCUAUGGAUGAUGGUGCUGCUGCUGAUGGCGAUGGUGCUACAGGCGAUUGGGCUACGGGCGAUGGUGCUACAAAUGAUGUGGCAACAGAUGAUGGGGCAAGGGAUGCUGCAGCCGGUGCAGGUGAUGGCACAAGAGGCACUGCAUCGGGGCAUGUUGGACGGCCUGCAGAACACGGGGCAAGGGAUGGCACAAGAGGCACUGCGCCUGGGCAUGUUGGCCGUGCAGAACACGCGGCACAGGGUGGCAUGGCUGUAGAUGGAGGUGUUGAGGGUGCUACAACCGAUGGUGCUACUGGUGAUGAUGCUGCAGAUGGUGGUGCGGCUAUGGAUGGUGGCACUGAAGACGCUGCUACAAAUGGUGGGGUUAUGGAUGACGCUGCUACAGAUGGUGGGGUUAUGGAUGACGCUGCUACAGAUGGUGGGGUUAUGGAUGACGCUGCUACAGAUGGUGGGGUUAUGGAUGACGCUGCUACAGAUGGUGGGGUGGUAAAUUACGCUGCUACAGGUGGUGGGACUGUAAAUGAUGCUGCUACAUGUAGUAGGGCUGUAAAUGACGCUACUAUGGAUGGCCGUUGACCCAAAUUGCGGGAUUUUCAUAUUUGGUUAUAAAUAAUUAAUAGGCUCUCGCGAGUGUUGCAGCAUAAGGUUAGAAGUACCGAGGGCGUUUUGGGACUUCCGA